AUGCAAGCCGUCGUUUUCAAGGGUCCAUCCAAGGUAGUCAUCGAGGAAAAGCCCAUUCCCCAGAUCCAAGAUCCAAAAGAUGCUAUCCUAAAGGUGCGAUACACUGCGUUAUGUGGCAGUGAACUCCAUGUAUUUCGCGGUCACCAAAAGUCUGGUAUAGACUUUAUCAUGGGCCAUGAGUUUACAGGUGAAGUUGUCGAAGUUGGAUCAGAUAUCAAGAACUUCAAAAAGGGAGACAGAGUAGUCUCACCUUUCACUGCAAGCUGUGGAGAAUGUUUCUACUGUGAGCGAGGCUUUUCCUCACGGUGCGCUCGAAGCCAGCUAUUCGGUACUGUUGCACUUGACGGUGGACAGGCAGAGUACGUACGUAUUCCACUAGCCGAUUCGACUCUUGCCCAAGUCCCAGCUUCCAUCGACGAGAAGAAGCUUGUUCUUAUGGCCGAUAUAUUCCCGACUGGGUACUUUGCGUCUCUGAAUGCUUUCUCAGAGACAACUCCGGAGGAGAUACAAAAAAGCACCGUACUCCUCUUCGGCUGUGGACCUGUUGGUAUCUGUGCACUUAUUAGUGCCUUGGAUUACAAGCCGAAGAACCUGAUUGCAAUUGAUAGUGUACCUUCCAGACUGGCACUUGCACAGAGUCUAGGAGCCGAGCCAUGGAAUUUCAAGGAGGACGAAGAAGGACUACGCCAAAGGGUCAAAGAACUUACUGACGGUCGUGGAGCGGAUAUCGUUAUUGAGGUCGUCGGACAUAGCAGCGCUCUCAGAAUGGGCUUCGAUCUGUUACGGCCCUGGGGCCGUAUAUCGAGUGUUGGCGUCCACAACCAGGAUAUCCCGUGGACCGGAAAUGAAGCCUACGGAAAGAACCUUCGUAUACAGAUGGGCCGAUGCCCUGUUCGGAGUAUCUUUGGUCAGGCCAUGGAUCUUUUCGAAAAGAAGCAGGACAUCCUUAACUUCAUGUCCCAAGAUAUCCGUCCACUCUCACAAGCGGUUCAGGCAUAUGACGAUUUCGACAACAUGCGAGCCCACAAGGUCAUCUUUGAGGCGGAUAAGUGA